AUGUCCCAGUCCAUGACUUUUGACCUUCACACUCCAUCCACGUUGUCGUCGCCAACGGUACAAACCCCUAGUGAGUAUUCGCUCUACUCUGUGGAUGCCGAGCCUGAUCCUCCGGCGCUAGAUUCUGUCGAUGUCGACUCGCCUGUGUCGAGAGAACUCUCCGCGAAUGAAGGUCGCGGGUCAAGGCGAUCACACAAGUGCCGUGACCUCCCCGACUCGGAGUCGGAGGAAGAGGAAGAGGACUCCGAUGUUCUCAGGCCCAAUUGUAGGGGCCGCUGGUUCACAUGCUUGGGUGCCGACUAUGGGUCUAAGGACUACAAGUGGUACGGUAUUCAUCCCAGACUUGGGAUGCGAUAUGGGCAGCUGGACGAAACCCAGCAGAAGCUCUACGAAGAUCUUGGACCUGACUAUGAGCAUGAGGAGGCGGCGCUUACCCUCCUCGAAAAGGCCAAGUCAAAGGGCCUGGAGCGCGUGAAGCCCGAGACCUUCAAGGGAAUGAUGGUCCAAUGCAAGGCAACGAAGAAGUGGAAGCUCGGAGUGCGACGUUGUGCCAGACCCGCUGGCACGUACUCGAACAUGAAGAGCCAUCUGCUCACAACGAUGCACGCUCCGAUCGGGUAUGAGUGCCCAGAUUGUCAUGCAACGAUACUUCAAGAAUCAGACGUGAAGCGACACUUAGAAGAGUCACACAGUUAUGAGGAUCUCCCGGGCUCGCUAGAAGAAAUUAGGAAGGCACUGAACCUGCCUCGACGCAAAGCUCCUCGACGCAAGGCUCCUCGAGUCAAGGUCUCUCAGCACCCGGGAUCUGCUCCGCACAAUUCGCAGGUUGCGCCGAACCCUUCCAGCGGUUCAGUUGUCGUCGACAAUUACCACACAGUCAAGGUCAACCCGCCCUCCACCCACGCACUGACCCACCCCCGACAACAGAACACCGCUCAUCAUUCUCGAUGGGCUCCAUAUGGCAUGGAUGCCCGUCCCGUUCGUGUAACGAGGCAACGCGAAAUUCCGCAGCCUGUUCCUCAGAGCCUCGGCCCUGAGUACGAUCCUCCUGUCGUGCCUCCGUACAACACUCUGUUAGGUGCUCUACCACCUCCGCCACCACCCGCCCCGGUUUGGGCACUUCAAGAUCAACACUCAAGGUCAACCAUACCUGGCCAACCACCGGAAGCUUACGACAUUGCGCACGACCCGCCAUACUUCACCCCAGCUAGCCAACUCUCGAAUAGUAACUACGUGGACCAACCCCUCGCACCCAACAAAGAGUACUUCAACACGUUCUCUGAGGCUACCUUACGCCAUAGUCAUAUGUCUCAGCCUCCUACUAUGGGGUCUGAGUACCCUAGGGUGGCCACCAAUACUGUCAACAAUCUUCCAGCAGUUCCAAGCGUGAUGUACACUUCAGCGCUCCAGUCUGCGGGCUACCCUAUGUACAUCCAGAACUCGUGGUCUGCCUAUGCUGGCUACUCGUAA